GCACGCUUAUUGAUUACUUCUGGAUCGUAUGACGUUUCAAUUAACAGUUUAAAAUAUUUCAAAAAAUAUGUGAAAUAUACAUCUCCUAGUGUGUUUUAUAAUUAAUACUUAAAAACAUUAAUAAUAACAAACAUUGUUAGAACUUCUCAAUCGAUUUAAUCGUGGUGAAAUCAAUAAUAUUUCAAAUACUACUUUUAAAUAAAACGCAAAAGUUUCAACCAAUCAAUGCUGUAUGUAUAUACAUUGAUUAUAGUAACAGUGCUAUCUAGGUAAAAACAGAACUAAAUAUUGUGUAAACUACGUGCAGUCAUAAUUUGUUUAUAUUUUUAUGUUGCGAGAUGUUAGAAGGAGUGAAACACGUGGUAUUAGUCCUUUCUGGAAAAGGCGGCGUAGGCAAAUCUACUAUUAGUACACAACUGGCCCUUGCGCUUAAAGAAUCUGGAUUUAAAGUUGGCUUGUUGGAUGUAGAUCUUUGUGGUCCCAGUGUACCAUAUCUAUUAAACUUAGAGGAUAAAGAUGUACAUCAAUCAUCUGAUGGAUGGGUACCAGUAUUUGCUGAUACAGAGCAAAGACUAUCUGUUAUGUCAAUCGGUUUUUUAUUAAAAAAUCAAAAUGACAGCGUAAUCUGGCGUGGUCCUAAAAAAACAGCUAUGAUUAAGCAAUUUUUAACAGAUGUAGUAUGGGAAAAUAUUGAUUACUUAAUUAUUGAUACACCACCUGGUACUUCAGAUGAACAUAUCACAGUGAUGGAAAACUUAAAAAAUGUUAAAUGUGAUGGUGCAAUUUUAAUUACGACUCCUCAAGCAGUUGCAGUUGAUGAUGUCUUGAGAGAAGUUACAUUUUGUAGAAAAACUGGGAUUCCUAUAAUUGGUAUUGUGGAAAAUAUGAGUGGUUUUGUUUGUCCAUCUUGCGAAGAGUGUACAAAUAUAUUUUCAUCGGGUGGAGGAACAGCUCUUUCAGAAAUGGUAAAGAUACCAUUUUUAGUUAAAGUACCUAUAGAUCCUCAGGUUGGUAGAUUACAAGAUAAAGCUCAAAGUGUUUUAGUUACUCUUCCCAAUAGUCAAGUUGCGCAAGUAUUUCGAAAAUUAGUUGAAGAACUUACUAAAAGUAAGGAAGCUUGAAACUAUAAAAUUGUAAGAUACAAAAUAAAUAAAAAUCAUAUAUUUUAUAAUAUAAAA